AUGGCAGAGGAACAAGACUUUCCUGCAGGGCACGAAAAUACUGAAUAUAUUUUGGGUAGUUUAGACGACGAAACACCAACAAGUUCAUCUGAAGACAGUGUCGAGAGCCAAAAAUUGACAGUCUGCUCUGAAAAUGCUCUCAUAUGUGUAAAACAGCCAGACGAUAUUGGCGAAGAUUCUGGAAAAGUCUCCGUUGAUAGAAUAACAUCCAUUAGGGCGGAAAUAGAGCUAAUUAAGACGCAAAUUUUAUCGCUGGAUCAUGAGGAGUUAGAGCGGGAGAGCAAAAAGUACGAGGAGUUUUUAGUACAGAAAACUUUAAGCUUGGAUAAUAUUGAUUCCAAAGGUCUAGAUCGUGUAAAGGAAUUGAGAAAAGACGCUAUAUUAUUUGUGCAAGAGUGUUUAAAGUUGUUGGAUGUUAACGAAAAAUAAAAUGUGAAGCCCA